CAAUAACAACUCGAGUUUUUCAGUCAUAACUAAUUUAUCACAUGUUGAUGCUGUGGACUAUCAUUAUGAGCUGGGUUACAUAUUUUGGAGCGAUAGAUUUGAGAGAAGCAUCAAGCGCUCAAAUAUGGAUGGCACAAACAUCAUUGUGAUCCACAAUAAUGUCUACAGUUAUGGACUAGCAGUGGAGUGGAACUCAUUGCAGUUGUAUUGGACAAACGCAAUGACUCGCAGCAUAUCAGUAACGGAUCUCCAAGGAAAUAACAGACGUGUCUUCAAUUGCUCAAACACACACUACCCAUCAGGAAUCGUUCUCGACCCACACGAGGGAGUGAUGUUUUGGACUGACUGGGGAUCAAGAAAAGUCAUGAAAUCAACUUUAGAGGGAACACAGUGUGUCGCUCUAGUGGCUUCCAAACUUUCUCUACCUGAGGGUAUCACUCUUGACAGACGAAACAAACUUGUCUUCUGGGCGGACUCCGGAAACGGUGCUAUAGAAUCCGUUGAUUACAGUGGAAAUUACAGAAGGGUAGUCUGUAGACCUCGGCGUAAUUUACUCCUCUGGGGAGUUGCCUUCAUUUCCCCAUAUUUAUUCUUUACUUUGAGUAGGGGAAAUUGUUAUAAAGUAGAUCCCUCCAAUGGAUCAGUUCUUAGGAGUUUUGGGAUCAACCCCAGAGGAAAUUUUGGACUCGUUGCAUUCGACAGCUCCUUGCAGUCAUCAGCUGUCACAUGCCCGUUACCGACCAAUGCUGUACUCGUGGGAUGUAAGACAAGUGCUGCAGGGAUUUUAUAUGACAUUUACACAGAAUGCAGCUUGUCUUGUAAGCAAGGAAUUGAAGUGACCGGUUCAAUAGUAAGAAGAUGUAACAAAGAUGGAAAGUGGAGUGGAGCGGAACAUUUCUGUGCAGGUAUGACAACUGCGAACACAAGGUAUCUUGAAAGUGUAGAGUAAUCUCUCCAAUGUUUAUUCCAGCAUUUUAGUCACCUAUACUAUUAAUGAUCUUGAAUCACCAAUCGAUACAAGACCGUCAAUACUGUUUUGAUGGUUGCUUUGAUUGUAGAUCCUAAUGGUCGAUCUCAAAUCAUCGCAGCUUUUAUAAGCGUUACUGCUGAGAAGCCGCCGAUCUCAUAUAUCCAUGCAUUGAUCAAUCGAUAUAUGAUCGGAGAGUUGAAAUAACUUGAUGAUCGAUCUUGGAUCAUGAAUCGAUACAGGAUCGUGAUCAAUCUCUAUAUGGUUUGCAGUGGCUUUAGAUCAUGACAAUUGAUU